AUGUGUUCUCAAAAUAUAAAGUUAUACCUUUUUUAUCUAUGUAUGCUAUAUUUACUUUUAUUUACAAUAAAAAUAAAUAGAGUAUUUGCAAAUAUAGAAAAUAAAGAACAAGAUGAUGCAAAGAAAAUUAUAAGUGAAUUACGUUUUUUACAAAAAGUGGAAGAUAUUUUAGAAAAAAAUAACAUUGGUGUUUCUGAUAUAAAUGCAGAUGAAAAUUCAUAUAACCCAGAUAUAGAUGCACCUAAACAAGAAAUAGAAAAAUUGAAAUUGGACGGUUUUGAAGUACAAAAAAAUAAUGAAUUAAAAAAAAAUAAUAUAUCUGAGAAAGAAGUAGAUAAACAAAAAAAAGUAUUGCGUUUAAUAGUUAGUGAAAAUCAUUCUACGACUCCAUCUUUUUUUGAAGAAUCCCUUUUACAAGAAGACGUUAUAUCCCUUAUAGAGAGCAAAGGUAAACUCUCCAAUUUGCCGUCUUUGAAAUCUGCAAUAAUUGAUUUAAAUGAUGAUACAACGGAUAAAGAAUUAGAAGCUUAUAUAACUACAUUAGAAAAAAAAGGGGCUCUAGUUGAAUCGGACAAAUUAGUUGGUGCUGAUAGCUUUGAUUUAACUUCUUUUAAAGAAGCAAUAAAAAGAGGAGAAGAAAAUAUAAAUUUGAAAGAUUUUGAAACAUUUUUAGAAGUAGAAGGAGAAAGAGAUGAUUUUGCUAAAACACUUGAAUCAUUCAAUAUAAAAAAAAAUGAAAUAGAAAAUGGAAAUAGGGUAUAUCGCUUUAACGAUGAAUAUAGAAAUCUACAAUGGGGAUUAGAUUUAUCUCGAUUGGAUGAAGCACAAGAAUUGCUUCAGAAUAAUCGAUUAACUAGAACAAGAAUAUGUGUAGUAGACAGUGGUGUAGAUUAUAAACAUCCAGAUUUAAAAAAAAAUAUUGAUUUAAAUUUAAAAGAAUUAAACGGUAAAGAUGGAGUAGAUGAUGAUGAUAAUGGAAUUAUUGAUGAUAUAUAUGGAGCUAAUUUUUUAAAUAACAGUGGUGAUCCAAUGGACGAUAAUUAUCAUGGAACUCAUGUAGCUGGUAUUAUAUCAGCAAUUGGUAAUAAUAAGAUAGGUGUAGUAGGAAUUGAUAUGAACUCUAAAAUAAUAAUAUGUAAGGCUUUAGAUAAGAAUAAAUUGGGAAGAUUGGGUGAUAUGUUGAAAUGUAUUGACUAUUGUAUUGGAAGAAAAGCAAAUAUUAUAAAUGGAAGUUUUUCUUUCGAUGAUUAUAGUAAUAUAUUUAAUUCUUCUGUUCAACGACUCAAAGAAAGAGGAAUUUUAUUUGUUGUAUCUGCUAGUAAUUGCAAUCAUGCUAGAAAUACUGAACCAGAUAUAACUAAGUGUGAUUUAAGUAUAAAUAAAAAAUAUCCACCAGUAUUAUCAGUGAUGUAUGAUAAUGUAGUAUCUGUAGCUAACUUAAAAAAGAGUUUACAUAAUAAUUAUUCUUUAUCAAUAAAUUCUUUUUAUAGUAAUAUCUAUUGCCAAGUAGCAGCGCCAGGUACUAACAUUUAUUCUACUACACCUUCUAAUACUUAUAGAAAACUUAAUGGAACAUCAAUGGCUGCUCCUCAUGUGACUGCUAUUGCUUCACUAAUUUAUUCAAUUAAUCCUAAUUUAACUUAUAAACAAAUUAUACAAAUACUGAAAAAAUCAAUAACUAAACUUUCUUCGUUGGAAGGCAAAGUGAACUGGGCAGGAUAUAUUGACAUUUAUAAUGCAGUAAAUUUAGCUAUAAAAAGUAGAAUACCUUAUGUAAAUUCUCAAUUAUCAUUUAGAUGGAAGAAAAAAAAAAGAAAAGAAUAA